AAAAUGUGGACACAAGGAUUCAAAUUCUUCGGCUUUCAGAAAAAAGCUUACUGCUUUUAACCUAGGGAAAUUCUGAUUUCUCAACAAGGGAAUUUAGCCAAUUUGAGCUUUCUCAAUUGACAGCUGGUUAUCCAUCUGGGAAACGUGCAGACGAUCCACAGUCUUCGAGAAGUACAAUACUUUUCCGAGAUCAAACAUCAUAAUCAAUUGGAUCCCAUCAUAGAUCCAUCUUAUCGAUUUUCGAUUUAGUUGUUCGAUUCCAAUUCCAUACUCCAGACCCAGUUCUUCUGUCCUUGCUAGGCACUAAUGGCGGCGACGGCUUCUCAGUUUGCGUGCUUGUCUGCCAUCAACCGCGGCCUUCGCCUGCAACAGCGCCGCUCAUUCUCAGUCCCACGCCCUUCCCUCCCCUUGCCUAAGUUCUCGRUUGCUAUGAGCCUUGAAGGAUCUGCUUCAGAUACUGCUGAUUCCCAGACUAAGACAAGUGUAAGCUAUGCUACUGAUGCAUCAGAAUCUCGAGUUGCAGGAACAACAAACUCAUAUCYGGGUGUUGAAGAAGAGUCUGAUGUUGUAAACUUGGAGACCAACAAGCUGCAGGAACCUGCUGAUGUUGGCACUGUGCCGAAACGGGCAGCAAAAAUCCAUGAUUUCUGCUUCGGCAUUCCUUUUGGUGGAAUUGUUCUAAGUGGUGGCCUUAUUAGCUUCAUUUUUUCAAGAAACCCAUCUGCACUGAGCAGUUUGAUCUCUGGAGGUGCUUUGCUGGCAUUGAGCACCUUAAGUUUGAAGAUCUGGAGGCAGGGAAAGUCCAGUUUGCCAUUCAUUUUGGGACAAGCAGUAUUUACCGCUUCGUUUUUCUGGAAUAAUUUUCAGACAUACUCAUUGACCAAAAACGUGUUUCCAACCGCCAUUUACGCUGCCCUCAGUGCUGCAAUGCUCUGCUUCUACUUAUACGUAAUAAUCUCCGGGGGAAACCCGCCACCGAAAAAGUUGAAACCUUCUCCAUCUGCUGCCUAAGGAGUGAGAAUCCUGCAGAUUCACUAAGAAUUUACCUUGUGAUGUAGCAUUUUGAGUUAGGAAUAUAUACAAAAUGAAGCUUAGGAGGUGGGAAAGAAUGUGGUUCAUCAUCUGUGAGGAGUUAGAUUGUAGAAGUCCAUGAAGAGCAUGUUACUUAAAAGGUAUGGCUUGCUUGGUUUUUUGCUUGUGAACACAAUGGUUUUGAGCUUUGUAUUUAUGCAGUUUGUAGAAAUAAAUUAGUUUAAAAUUAAACUAAAAUUAAACUACCCUUUUAUAAAUAGUUAUAAGGUUGUCAUUGCCAUUAGCUUUAUGUAGAGUAGAAUGAUUAAAGUUGACUUGAUUGUGCAAUAAAUGGUAGGUCUAAAUACAUGUUGGUGUUGUAAUUUUGAGGUUGACUUUGGUUCCUGGUUCUUGUACUUUUGAAAUGUCCAUUUUCGUUUCUAUAU